AUGUCUACUGUAGCCGACGAUCCUCGAGAUUCAUCUGCGGUGUCUCCACUCACUUUCCCGGACACAUGGGAGACUGAUGCGCCCGAUGGAUUUUCUGCCACUGUAAUGUUUGUUUGCGGUUUGAUCAUGGUCACUCGGAAUCGCUACAUAGCCUGGCCCGCCCUUAUGAUGGCGUUGAAUACGUACUUCAACCGGCAUCCCCUUCGCGCGAAGGAAGGGUCGAGCAGUCCUUUGGGCGCUCUCGGAAUGGCCGGAGGAGCGCUCGUCUCGUCGUAUCUGCCAAUGUUCUUGAUAGUCCCACAAAGGUCGCCGCCGGCAUAG